AUGGCUUCACGUCCAACUACAGAGGGUCAACUAGCACAAGCUCUCCCCGGUUUGACUGCCUUCAUCACCGGUCACAAUCCAAAUACAGGCGAGACUACGAUUCAAGAGCGACGGCCGGCGAAAUGGCAAUCCGUCGACAGCGGCGGUAUGGCGUUCAACGUCCCAUACACGACGUCUGAAUUCCCCGUGUCGACGAACGGAGAUGUAGACAUCCUGACGCACGACCAACGCCUCGCCUCCGGGAAGAUGGGCAUCGUGAACCCGGGAGGCACAGUGCUACGUUUUGUCGACUUUGCUCCCGGGUUCGAAUCGAUGAUGCAUCGCACACGAAGUCUGGACUAUGGAAUCGUCGUUGAGGGUGCCAUCGAGUUGAUUCUGGAUUCAGGCGAGAAGCAAAUCUUGCAACGAGGCGAUGUGUGCAUUCAACGAGGUACCAAUCACGCCUGGAGGAACCCUAGCGGCACAGAGUGGACGAGGGUCGUAUACAUCUUGCAAGACGCCCAGGCCGUUGAAGUUGCCGGAAAGCCUUUGAAGGAGUAUCUAGGACGAAGCGAAGGAGAGAUUCCGCCCAGUGGGAACGAUUAG